AUGAAAACACUCUCUGAAAACAAGACUUUUGUCCAGCAUAUCAAACAACGACAAGAAGAUUUCAAAGUACACUUUCAUUCCUAAUCAAGAAAACCCUUCAACUUCCUACCAAGAAAGAUCCCCCUCUCCUCCAAUAGAAUAAUUUCAAUUCACUCACCUCUCCCAACCAACGUCGAGAACAAACGCCCAACCAGAGAAAAGCCAAAAUCGAAAGUACUUCAUCCAUUCCAAAUAGGUGAAAACUCCUGCUCUCCAACUCUCUUUCGUACUCCAUAAAUCAGUUUGCAUUAUGAAUACAACAAGAAGGGUGCUCAUUAGAGAUAACCUAGCAACAAUAGAAGUCGCAAUGAAAACAUAUCCACCGUCAAAGAAAGAAGAGAACAUAAUACCGAUUCUGUUACUAGGGAUUACUCUAAAGUUCUGGAAGAAGUUAUGAAAAAAUAUCGCUAACUCAAAACAGAGUUACUCACCAAGGACAAAGAAGUUCAAAAAACAUAAUUCUACAAAGAAGAAUGGCUCAAAGAAAAGAAACGAAAUGAACUCCUCCAAGAAAGAAACAAGAAUUUGAAAAUGAAACUGUUGAAGAUCAUUGAAUUAGUUUAAAAAGAUUAAUUAUAAACAAACGAUGAGUCUGAGGGUAUCAUAGCUAGUCUUUAGACAGAAAAUAAGUAUUUACGUUAAAUGUUGCAUCUCUAUGAUGUAACUGAUGUCUCAGAAUAACUUGAACAAUUAGAAAGCGAACAAGAUCAUGAGGUUGAUUAAAUAGACAAUAUACUCAACGUAUUCCUAGGCGAUCUUAGAACCAUUUAGAAAAACAGAAAAGAAAAGAAGGAUAAUUAAUAAUUAGGAUAAUUCAAUUCCCUAUCCUUGACAGUACUGAACAAAGAAUCCAGUUUUGUUGAUUUAUCAGAAGAUAAAUUAUUAAUGGAAUAAUAAUGAAUUAUUAAUAAACAAGCUCAAUUUAAAAGUCAGCAUUUUCUAUGUCUUUGAUUUUUAUGUUUUAAUACAGUUGUUUAUUGACUUCAACAUGAAUUAUAAUUCAUCAAAUUAUGAUAUCAUCAUAAUAAGAAUUUC